ACUCGCCGAAUGCGGCCGCGCCGAGGCCGCCGCCCGCCGCCGCCGCCGCCGCCGCCGUGAGCGCUUCGCCAAAGCGAUGCGCCUCGUCCCCUGUGCCUCUCUACGCCGCGCCGCCGCCAUGUCCGCCUACUACAACCCCCGAGGAUCCGCUCGGCCGCGACGAGGCUACUCCGCGCGGCCCACGCCGCCUCCCCACGUCGACGACGCCGCCGGCGCCGAGCUCGUCAGCGGCGACUCCCACCACAGCGCGGUGCGUGCCGCCAACGAUUCCCUCCGCCGCGGCGUGGGCGGCGGAGUCCGCCGGUCUCCGUCGCCGUACGGCUACGGAGCGCCGCAGCAGCCGCCGUACGGGGCCGUGCCGUAUAACUACGGCCACCCGCAGCAGCCGGGCCCGCCGUACGGGGCCGUGCCCUACAACUACGGCCACCCGCAGCGGCUGCCGCCGGAUCCUCAGUACGGCUACGGAGCCCCAGGCCCCAAUCCAUAUGUCCAGGGACAUCCUCAGCCGUACUGGCGCGCGCCAACAAAUGCAGGGUUCCAGCAACCGUAUGCUGGCUUCAGUCCUGCUACGCCGCAUCAACCUCCAAGGCUAGCGGAGUACCGCCGACGGUGGCGAUUUGCGCAGCAUCGGCCACCACGGCACGCUGAGAGGUUUAAGGUUCUAUCAUACAAUAUCCUGGCUGAUUACCUGGCCCAGGAGCACCAAUUUCUUUAUGAAUGCAUACCAUCUUUCAUCAUGGAUUGGAACUGGCGGAAGGAAAAGUUGGUGUUCGAGUUUGGCUUGUGGUCUCCAGAUAUACUAUGUCUUCAGGAGGUCGACAAUUUUACAGACCUUGAGCAAGCAAUGGCAACUCGAGGAUAUGAUGGUAUAUGGAAGAUGCGAACUGGAAAUGCUACUGAUGGAUGCGCGAUCUUCUGGCGAACAGCUAGGUUCCAAUUGCGCUAUAAAGAGGAUAUUGAGUUCAAUAAGCUUGAUCUUCGUGAUAAUGUUGCACAGAUUUGUGUUUUAGAGUCAGUGACUCCAGGAAAUAUGCAAACUGAGUCUAGCCCUAGCCAUCCACAACAAGCUAAACAAAUUGUUGUAUGCAAUACUCAUGUUCUUUACAAUCCAAAGAGAGGGGACAUCAAACUUGGUCAGGUAAGGACGCUUCUUGACCGAGCAUACACAAUAUCAAAGACGUGGAAUGAUUCUCCAGUAAUAAUUUGUGGAGAUUUCAACUCUACACCCAAGAGUCCUCUGUACAAUUUUAUGCUGGAGCAAAAGUUGAAUCUGUCUGGGCUUGCAAAAAGUACUAUAUCAGGGCAGCAAACUAAUACUUCACAGGGACUAUAUACUGGUUCUAACACAUCUCGAUUCUAUCCGCCUUUUCCCACGACCAAUGGUAGGGAUGGUAGCAUAACUUGUCCGAAUGAUCAUAAACCUCAACCUGAAGCUAGAAAUAUGACAGAGAAUUCUCUUCAUUCUAGCAGAGAGUCAACUUUGACUAAUACUGCUUCAGACUCUUGCUUAAAUUCAGAGUCUAGUAGACGUGCUGACAACAAUGUACCUUGUUCUGGCUCUACAAAUCCUCAUGAGCAAGAAUUAUCAGGCUGUGUGGAAGGUCCUACAAAGGAUGCCCAUACAUCUGAUGCUGAAGCACAUAACAGCACCACUAACGGUGAAGAAAUUGCGGUGGUUAACAACUCCAGUGAAGGAUAUGGAGUGAUAAAAAAGGGCCCUGUAGAGGAAACUAACAUUACAGAAUUUCCAUCUCCAAUGCCAGUUUAUGAUGAGAUUGUUCAGUCAGCUUCAAUUGAAAUAGUUGAUAGAAGUUGCCUGCUGUCAUCUUAUGAAUCAUCUGAACCUAAAGAUUCUGGUGAAAAAUCAGCUGGUGGUAGCAAUAACCAUUCAAAAACCCUGGAAGACUUUCCUGAUCAUGUGAUUUCUGAAAAAGCUACUUGUGCUUUUGAUGGAAACAAUGUCCAGUCAGAUACACAGUUUGACAAAUCAAAAUACAAAACUGAUGAACACGCCAGUGAGCCUAUGUCUAAUCAAAAUAACUGCACGCCUAGUGAGUCAGGAUCAACUUGUUUCAGUGAUUCCCUGAAGUUUGCUGAUACGCUUCAUCAAAUGAGUACUUUGAAGCUAGAAGAAAACAAGACUGAGUCAACUCACUUAGCAUCACCACUAGAGCCUUCACAUCACACAGAUUGUGCCUUUUCGGACACUUGUGGCUCUCAAUGUACAAUUGAAAUGAUAAACAAGCAUUCGGAAUCACAUUCAUGUUCAGAUGACUUUGGAAAUCGUUCUCAUGCUUUUGAGGGUGAUGGAAAAUCCAAUGAAGUUGUGUGCCCAGUUGUGAACUCUGACCCUUCCUUCUUUGAUGAGUUUUCUGGUGUUAAUGAAUCUUUACUUGAGGAUGAAGGCCAACGGCAAACAACCUCAGAUGGUUCAUCUGCCCGGCAGCUGGUUACUUCUGAUAAAAGGUAUUACAAUUAUGAUCCGUACAGGUGGAUGCCAGAUGAAAUUAAAGCUGCUACCGGCAAUGAAGAAUGUACCUUCGUGGAGCAUAAUAUGAAAAUCCGGAGUGUCUACACAGAAGUGGAGGAUUUCGAAGGGACAAAAGAUGCCAACAAGGAGCCGCUAGUAACAAGUUACAACAGAAAAUUUAUGGGAACAGUAGACUACAUAUGGGUUUCCGAAGAUCUGCAGCCUGUUCAAGUGCUAGAUACGUUUCCGAAAGAAAUUCUGAAACAAACAGUUGGGUUCCCUACAAAGAAAUGGGGAAGUGAUCAUAUCGCUUUGGUUUGUGAAUUAGCAUUUACAAAAUAAUGCUUCUCAGACAGGCAAAUAGGGGUUUUGCCUUCGGAGCGGGGAUAGGUGCCUGCCUACAUAAACAGCAACUACCCUGCACAAACCCCAGGAAAAAGAAUCCUGGAACUAUUAAUGACUAUUUAUCCAUUAGAAUAUAGGACAGUACAUUGUUUUUUCCCUAAUCCAAUAGAAGAACGCAUCAUAUCUUAUUUAACCGGUAUGCUUUCCAAUUGUACAUGAGGCGGCAACAGAAACACUUAAAGUAUGGUUUUGAUAGCAUGAGUCACUCCCUGUAAAACUUUCUAGUCUUGCCCGGAAUUUAUGCAGGACAAGACAUACAGUAUGGAACAGGGGUAGUAUUUGGCUAAAUGCUCCAAACAAAGACCCUAACAUGUGGUGAUGUCAACAUACCACCUUAAGCUUUUUAUGCCUUUCUUCAGAGCAUUGGGACACCUAAGCCAAUAUCUGGCAAUACAAUGUUU